AUGCUUCGCCGACCACAACAGCAGCAGCAACAGCAACAGCGAGGGGGAUCGGGCAAGAAGCCCAACAAGAAAGAUGCAGAGGAGGUGAUUGCACUACAGCUCAAGUCCUCGGAGCUUGCAAGCCAUCGGUUGGACCAUCAGCAUGCCCUCGACGAAGCACAACAAGCCAUGGAUCUGGCAGAGUCCGUGCAUGCCGACGACAGCAUGGACUUGAUUGCGCCAUAUGUCCAAUUGGGCUCUGCCUAUCUCGGUGUUGGUCAAACCAAGAACGCCGAAAAAUACCUCACACAAGCACACUGGCUCGCCUUGAAAGCGAGCGAGCCCUUGCCAGCAGUGCUCGAAGCCAAAAUGCAUCGCUCCCUUGGCCGCUUGUAUCUUGCCAAGGAGAAGCUGGCAGAAUCCUUGGCCCACUUUGCAGAAGACGUGUACUUCUCUUCGUGCGCAUUUGGGCCCAUGGACCCGCAGUGCUGCACCGGUUAUUUCCACAUGGCCAUCCUCUUUGAAACACACGACGAGCAGCGAUGCAAAGCCUUCCGUACGCUCGUGGCGAGAAUAUGGCGCGCGUACCUCUUUCGCGUGUUCCUGUCGACAGAACGCGAGGGCGACGACGACGCCGACAACAACAACAGCGACAACAGCGACAAGGGCGGACGCUCCUCCCCGGAUGUCCAGCUCGACCCCGUGUUGGAGGCCGAGUGCGAACGCCACCUGCAGUUUCUGUUCAGCCUCCACUGCGCCGAGGACGCGCUGGAUGAGAUUGGCGCCAACGUCUGCCUCGCAACCCUUCUCCUCGUCUUUGUGCGCGGCGAUGCAAGCAGCCUCAACGUCAAGGACAUGCUCGCGCGUGUGCUGCGGAGUAGCGUGCCGAGAACAGACGACGUGAAGGUGCAGGCGCGGCAACUGAGAGACCGCAUGCACACCGCCCUCAACCCUGUUGCAGAAUAG